ACACCAUUAUUUUUUAGUGUGUGUUAAGUGGUUUAGUGUCACUCUUAAGUCUGUGGUGUCACUUUAGUGUUUAUGUUUUCUUUGUGUGGUUUGGUUGUUCGUCUUGUCCCUGAAGAAUCGAAAUGUAGUAAUAAAUUAAAAUUUGUUGCUCUACUUUUUAUUUUUAAACAUUAUACGUACGCUAGGAUACUAGUUUGUAUUCGUAAUGAAGGAGAUAAUAAAGUAUCUGUGAUACAGCAUCUAUUACUAAAUAAAUACAAUAAAUAAUCGAACAGUGACCCCAAUUCAAGUUACAAACAAGUUUAUCAUAAAAAUUUACAAAACUUUGUGAAGAAUUUAUUCGUAAUUCAAAUACUAUUGUAUUAAAUAUGAAGUUGAAAAUUGACCGCAGACUCUUACCCAUUAAAGCGCAUUUCUUCUUCUUUUUCGCUGCCCUAGGUCCGGUAUUGCCCCAGCUGAAUGUGUUUGGGCGGCAACUGGGUGUGUCCCCCGCAGUGAUGGGCAUGGUGACAGCGGUUCUGCCUCUACUGUGGGCCACAGCGAAGCCACUAUUCGGUUACGUGGUGGACUACUGGCCCACUCACAGGAAGCUGAUCUUCAUGCUCCUCAUAGCUGUGAUGACUGGCUCCUACUGUUGCCUAUGGUUCCUACCCAUGCCCGAAACGCCAGAAACAGAACCGGCGAUAAUAAAGACCGUAUACAACCUCAACGACACCAUUCACUUGGGGACGAUAGACGAUAGUACUCUAAACAGGUACAGCUGCCAUUGGAACUGUACUAAAUUACAGAAGUUCUACAUGUAUUUGCCGAACGAAACUUUAGUUAAUACGAUAUUUGUAGACGGAAACGUUACGCCCGAGUCGUGCUCGCAUUUCGAUAUGGAUGCGGGGAACGGUCCGGGCGUCACCUGUGCGCUGAAACCGAACUGUAGUCUGUUGUGCUUCGAGGAUGAUCUAGAUAUGAACGCUACAGUGGUGGAUAGAACUCGUAGAGAUAUUUCUAAUGUGACAAAUGACAGUCGCAUCGUUGUUGAUGAUGCCAAAGGAGGUAUGUCUCUGAAACACGUGUUUUCUCAAGUGACUAAAGUGACGCAUAGCAAGGUGGAUUCGGAGAGUGACGAACGGAACUUUUAUAUGACGUCGACGUUUUGGGCUUUCGUGAUAUUGAUGUGCGUUGGUACGGUGGCGUUCAACGUGGCUAAUUGUAUUGGAGACGCUGUAUGUUUUGAUGUGUUAGGUACCGAAAAGGCCUCUAAGUACGGAGCACAGCGAGCUUGGGGCACAGCGGGUUAUGGGAUAACCGCAUUGCUGGGAGGUGUGUUAGUGGACGCGGUGUCUCGUGGUGCGAGUAAAGAUUUUACGCCGGCGUUUGUCAUAGCCCUGGCUGCCACCGCUGUUGAUCUGUAUAGCUGUAGGGCACUUACAGUGAGUACUUUUCUCGCUAAAACUGAGGGAGUUAUUACGUUACAGUAAAUAUAAAUAUUUUUUUAACAAUUUCACAUACUUUCUGAGAUCCCAAAUUAUCUAGUUAAAGCUACUUGUAUUAUGGAAGUCAGGAACAACGGCAUCCACACUGGAUAUAAACAUUUUCUAUGUUGAGCUCAAAGACCGGAGUGAGCCACUCGUGAAAUAUGAAAAUAUGAAGCCCAAAUAUGGGGCAAUACACUAAUUUGAGAAUUAACUUCUAACAGUAUAAUAAACUUGUAAUGAAAUGACAGGGCAUAUGGCUGUAACUUGAAAGUCAUAAGAUGGAGAAAGUAAAAUCGAAAGUGCGUAGACGUACAGAUAAAACAGACGCAGUAAUGAAAGGCUGUGGAGCGUGUAGUAGGGAGAGAAUUAAUCGAUAAUAUGAGCUGAAACAGUUUUAUUUUGAACUUUGAUCAGAACGGAAAUAAGUUUGAUUUUCAAUAACCAAAACCCAAAUUCUAUAAAAAUGUUGAAAACUAUAUAA